GUUCUGAGAUACUAAUGGCAGAUACAUCCAGUGAUUCAGACAACUAUCUUAGGGGUCGAAUAGGAAGGCGACCACCUUUGAGAGCAUCCCGCAACAGAACUCGGAACUAUGGUGCUGAAGAAGUUACAGAGAAGAUCCAUACCUUAGCAAGCACUUUACAGGAUACCAACAGAAAUCUAAGACACGUUGACCAUUUACUUGGACAAUACAGAGAACACAACAAGGAACAAACUGAAGAAAUAGCAACUUUAAAAGAAACACUGGAACAAUCUAUAGGUCAGUUAAGGAGCCAACGAUUAACUCGAAACUCUGGAAUGAGAAGCGCUUCUCUCUCAAGCUUAUAUCCUAGUGAUCUGGAUGGAGAAGUAUCAGGGAACCGCCACUUCCUGCCUACUUCUCCUCUCAGGGAUUAUGGAGACUCACAGGGCAAUAAACAUCGAAGGUCUAGAUCUGCGAGUGUUCGGUUUGUCAAUGAGGGAGAUAAUUUGGACCAGCUGCAUUCUUUACAUCAGUCUCUUCGAGAUCUCAGUAGUGAACAAGUUCGCCUAGGAGAUGACAUCAGUCGGGAGCUUUCAAGAAGAAAUCGGACUGAUGCUGAAUUAAGAAAGACUCUAGAAGAGUUGUCUGAAAAGCUCACUGAAUCCCAAAGACAAGAAAUGGUAUCAGAACGGGUAGAGAGACGAUUACAGGAAAUAGAACAAGAGAUGCGUGCUGAAAGACAGCUUGUAGAAAGGCGCCAGGACCAGCUGGGACAUAUGUCUCUUCAGUUACAAGAGGCUUUAAGGAAGCAAGAUGCUAAAGCAGGUGAAACAGAAGAACUCAUGAAAAAUAAACUUGUGAAAUAUCAAAGUGAAAAGAACCAACUUGAGAAGGAAUUGGAGCAGUCCCAGAAAAAGCUGAAUGAAUCUGAAAGCAGUAGAGAAGCUCUUUUGCAUCAGAUUGAAGAUCUUCGUUCCCAACUUUUGAGAGUAGAAGAAGACCGUGCAGAGUUGCAACAUCAAAUUUCACAUGUUGCUCCACGCCGCCAUAGCUACCAGGAUGUACAAGAUGAUGACAGGAGAAUUAGAACAGUAGCUGAAAGAUAUGAGAGAGAGAAGCAAGAACUGGAGAAGCAUAUUUUGGAGCUUAAAGCAAAACUUAGUCAUAAUGCUGUAAUGUCAGAAGUAGAAGAAUUAAAGAGAUGUAUAGAGCAAAAGGACAGGGAGAAAGCACAGCUCAUUAUGCAUAUACAGGUGUUAACAUCUGACCUGGAAAACAAGGAGAAGCAGCAGCAAAAAAUGCUGGACCAACUAAAGGAAAUACAGAGUUGCUACAAGGCUUGUGAGGAUGGACGUAGGCAAACUGAACUCCAAUCUGCUGAGUUAGCUCAACAGGUUGAAGAGAGUACCAAGGAAGCAGAAAGAUACCUCACUGAAUUCAAGCAUUCAGAAGCACUCAGGCUGGAGACUGAGAGAAAAAGAGAAGAUUUGAAAGUGAAAGCACAGGAAACCAUCCGCCAGUGGAAGCUGAAAUGUAAGAAACUGGAUCAUGAGGUAGAAAAACAAAAUGAAACUAUCAAACAACUGAUGGACAAGAACAGCCAGGCUCUCAAAGAAAAGGAUGACCUCAGAAGUCAACUUCUUUCUGCUAUACACCAGAUAGAAAACCUUCGGAAAGAGCUGAAUGAUGUACUUACAAAGAAAACCCAGCAGGAAGAACUCCUUCGCUGCAAAGAGGUAAAACUGGAUGAAAUGAAGUCUCACCAGGCAUCUCUUGAAGAAGAGAUCAAAGAAGUUCAAGGGACAGUAAACAAAUUGGAGAAUGAGUUGAAAAAGCAAGUCUUUCUACAAAAUCAGUUGCAGACUGAAAAGGAACACUUGGAGACAGAACUUGCAACUAGUAACUUGAUUCAUAAAAAAGACCAAGAAAGACUCUUAGAAAUGCAAGCAGAUGUAAAAAACUUAAGCUCUGUACGUGUGGAACUAACAAACAGAAUAGCAGAAGAGGAGAAAGUCAAAAAGGAAUUGCAUAAGAGUCUCUCAGAUCUCCAGAAACAGCAGGAAUCCAAGCAUGAAGAGAUGACUACAGCUAACAGGCAGCUAAAGAUGGAAAGAGAAGUUCACCAACAGGAGUUGGCAGAUCUUAGAUCAGAGUUACAAAAUACCAAGAUCAAACAUGAACGAAAUGUUCAAGAGCUCAUGAAACUCCUUAAACAGGAAAAGGAUGAUGCAGAGGCUCAGAUUAGAGUGCUAAAGGUUGAACUCAUAGAAGAGAAGAACAAAGUCAAGGCUCAAGGUAGACAACUGGAGAAGAUAAAAAUUGAGUGUGAUAAAUUGACAGAAGAAUUAACCCAAAAUGAAGAAGAAAACAUGAAACUCAGGCGGAAGUGUGAGUUUGCAAAGCAAGAGCUUGAGAAAAAGGAUAAACAAAUCAGCAAUGAAGAAGAUCAUUUGAGGAGGAUGGAUGAGGCCAGACUGAGGUUUAAGGAUCAGCUGCAUCACUUAGAAAUGGAGCAGGAAUCCAUUCUUUCCAUGAUAGGGAGUGAAAUUGAUGCUGCUUGUGAAAUUUUUUCUCGGGACUCCAUGGAGAAGUUCAAAGCAAUAUCACUUUCACCAAUGGUGCUGAAUGAUCCUCAUCGCUGGAUAGCAGAAACCAAGACUAAACUUCAGUGGCUGUGUGAGGAGGUGAAGGAGAGAGAAAGUAAGGAAAAAAGCCUGCGAUGUAAGUUACUGCAGAGCCGAGAACAGCUCAAGCACUUUACACAGAUGAAGGAGGCUGAACAUCAAUCUCUCUCUAAACAGAUAAAAAAGCAAGAAAAACUUCUGGAAGAAGUUCACAGAGAAAAAAGAGAGCUGCUAGAGAAGACCCUCAGAAGAGAGGAAGAAAUAAUUGCUCUCCAGGAACGUAUUAUGGCCUUGGAAGUGAGUACUCGAAUAGCUUUAGACCAUCUGGAGUCUGUUCCUGAGAAACUGAACUUGUUAGAAGAUUUCAAAGAUAUUGGAGAGUCCCGUUGCCGAAGGGAGAUGAUUGAGAAGAGGUAUAUAAAGUAUAAAGAGAUAGUGAGUUCUCUACAGAAACAGCUGGAAGAUUCAAAACAAAGAGUUCAGCAAUUCAAGGAUGUGAAAAUGGAUACCGAAAUUUCUGGUAUAGAAGCGACUACUCCCUAUUCUAGUUGGCGAACUCAAAACAGCUUUAUGUCCAGCUCAUUGCUCUCAGAUUCUGGUUCACUCAUGAGAAGAAUGGUUCCUUUUGAUAAAAGUACCACAAAGGAAGAUUCCAUUGCUGUUGCUGUCAGUGAAAUGAAAACGCAAGCAGAAAGAGGGAAUGAGUAGAAUAUUUUACAACAGACCAGUUUUCUUUAUAGUAAAUUCA